AAGGAAUAUACCAAGGGAAGGACAUUUUGCGAUGUCCAUUGACCCCCAGGCGGAUGAAUUUAACAAUCCACCCUGUUAUCUGCCUCAGGCCGAGGAUGCCAUGCCCAUAAAAGACAACCUCCAGACAAUGGGACCCAUUGGACCAUGGGCAACGGGUAAAGUUGAUUGGAGCCCCAUGGCAGGUUUGACAGGAACCCGCCCAGUUGUGGAUCGUUAUUCCAUCACACGCUUCAGCCCGAAUGAAUGGCGGGCCAAAAAUCAGGAAACUGUAAAAAAUACCAAUCAAAUUUUUGAUAGGACCCUAAGAAACCAAUUUAGCUGCAAAACAUCGCUGAAUCGCAUAACCUCUUUGGUGGAGAAGACCCAAGCGGAAACUACGGAUAUGGUACGCCAACGGGCCCGCUUGAUUGACAAAUGGAAGACCACCUUGGGAGCGGCGAUAAAGGCCAUGGCCGAUGAAAUAAGCACCUUGGAAGAGGAACGGGUACGCCUAAAGAAAUCCUUGGUGAUAUUGGGUCUACCCGAAUCCAUUGCCAAAGAAUGUAUUGAUAAGCGGUGUGGUCGUCCCGAUACAGAAUUGGUUCGUGACGCGCCGGAGGAGGAAUUGGUAAAGGAGUUGGCAUUAAUUGCAGAAAUUCGGCGACUUCUUCAAAAGACUUUGGAGGAUUUCGAACAGCAGCAGGUGGAAAAUCGUACCGCCCGCCAGCGUUUGGAAUACGAUUGGAGUGACAAGAAGGAAGCCUAUGAAAUUGAUUCGGUCAAUGCGCAUUUAAAUAAUAAAUCGCCAACGAUAAUGUUUCGACCGGGUGCUAUAAGGCAGCCGCCUGAGCAAGCUUCCGAACAAUAUUGGGAACACUUCAGCAAGGAGACCCUGGAGGAAUGUGAAAAAUGUCGCCAGAAAUCGGUGAAAUUACGACAAACCUUAAACGCCACACUACUUAAUGCGGCAAGGGAUCUGAGAACUCAAGCCGAUACUGUGGAAAAGGCAUUUGUCUCAAGGAUUAAUUGUACCCAGGAGAAUUUGAGGAGGUUUGAAAUUGAUCUCCGGGAUUGCCUCCAAAAACUGGCCGACACCGAGACCCGUAUCGAACACCUACAUCGAGCCGUGCGCAGCUUCGAUUCCGCCAUGAAGGUGGCUCAGACACGUAUGGACAAUCGCAGUUUCCGUCCGAAUGUGGAAAAUUGUCGUGAUGCGGCACAACAACACCUAAUCGACGAGGUAGCCACCAUUCAAAGUGGAGUUACAGCAAUGCUGCAAGAACUUGACGAAGCGGAACAGGUCAAAACUAAAUUAAUGCAGACCCGCAGUACCUUGGAAAGGGAAAUUAUGUUAAAACGUCGUACCUUGUGGAUUGAUCAGGAACGUUGUAUGCUACUUCGAUCACAUUAUCCCUCGGCAAAUGCUCUUAGUGGGUAUGCUAGUGUUUAG